AUGGUGACAUCAUACAUGAUGGGUCUCAUCGACACGUAUCCACUGAGGCAAUUAAAAGGCGAACCCGACAAACUCUACGGUGGUGUUCACCUCAUCUUUUGUGGCGACUUCUACCAACUUCCAGCCGUCGACAGUGGCACCAUUUACUCCAACGUCAAUGCCACGGCAGGUGUUAAUACCAUCCGAGUAUCGAACGGCCGGCACACUUGGAAAAAGUGCCUCACCGACGUCAUAGAACUCACCAAAUCCACAGAUGACAUCGAUUUAGUUUCCAGCAGGUACAUGUUCGAUGACCUCCAUCCCAUACCCAGUCCACCAAAAUUUACCAUGACGGCCUUCCCUUUCAAUGAUAUUCGCGAAAAAGCCCUGAGUAACUGCGAGCAACGGCUCCAUCAAAAACUCCCCAAUUGCAGAAACCCUGACUACUGGCGUACCCACGACAUCUUGCUGGUUAAAGCCUUUGUCAAACCCUCCAAAACAUCCAACCCCAUGACAGAGACCAAAAUAGAAGCCAUCCGUAAUCUAGGCUCCAAAAAACUAGGUCGGUCAGGAUGCACCAUCACCUUACACGAACUGAAAAACGGAAAAAGGGUGCCUACCGUCUACGCCAACGAUGUACAAUGUCUCUUAUUUCAACAUAAAAAUUCUACAUGGAACAACGUCUCUCCUUUCACCAGCAUACCCAAAGGCUGGUUCCCGGUCGUCCCUUCCACCAAAUCCGUCGAAUGCAAUUUCAACGAAUUCUACCGAACCCAAAUUCAGAUGCACCAGUUGCCGUGCGUCCUAUCCUUAGUUUUGACUGGACACAAAACGCAAGGACUCAUCACCGACUCCAUAAUUCUAGCUUGCCUGGCCCCCAAAGAUAAAUCAGGAGUCAGUGGAUGGCUGUACAUAAUUCUUUCAAGGGUCAAAACCAUCGAAGGAUUGUUUCUAAGGGAAAAUAUCGAAAAAAAACGGCCAAAUACGUCGCAAGAUCUGACGUUCAGCAAGAAAUGCAUCGUUUGCGAGCCAUCAACCUUCUAA